AUGAUUGGAUUAGCUACUUCUUCCUUGUAUUUCUCGAACUUGUUGACUUGUGCAAAGAUAUUUCCCCAGCAUAAAGGUUUAGCUAUAUCAUUGCCUAUUACUUGUUAUGGAUUGAGUGCUUUAUUGGGAUCUCAGUUGUUGAAAUUAGAUUAUUUUCAUAUGGGUAGAGAAAUUUAUAAAGAUUCUCCUGCUGUUGAUGUUCUCAGCAUUAGCAGUAGCAGUGACAGUUUAUUGAACUUGGUCAAAGUGUUUAAAUUUUUUGCUAUUCUUUACUUGAUUGUUGGUAUACUCAGUUUCAUAUCGAGCUCAAUUGUCAUAGUUGAGCAAGAUGCAAUAUUUGCCAAUAUUGAGGAUAUGAUGGAGACUGCUUACAACAAUGAGAACUCCUCACUCCUAUCUAAUGAGUUAACGAUCCAAAGAUCAAUUGAUCCGCCAAAUCAUAAACAAAGAUAUAUAAAAUUUCUCAAAGACGUAUCAGCAUGGAUUCUUUUGGUAUCUUUGAUUUUAAACACUGGACCAUUGGAAAGUUACCAAAACAAUUUGAGCUCGAUAAUAUCGCUCAUGAAUCCCAACAAUAAAUCAAUAGCAACAGUAUCAUCAGAUCUUCCAAACAAGGUUAGCCUUUUAGCUACAUCAUCAACGAUUUCCCGUUUAGUCCUUGGUGUGUCCAUCGAUUUUCUCCAACUGAGAAAAAUAGGUAUAGUAUGGCUUUUGGUGCUCAUUAUACUUAUGGGAGCACUUGGUCAAUGGUUUAAUAACGUUGCAUUAAACGGAAUAGCAUAUGGUGGAUUAUUCACAGUAUAUCCAACGAUAAUUGCAUCUGUGUGGGGCAUAGAUAUAAUGGGCUCAACGUGGGGUUCAUUCAUGGUUGCACCAGCUAUAGGAUCGAUUGCUUAUUCUUUAUUCUAUGGGAGAAUCGCUGAUCUGGAUAAAAAUGGGAUGAUUUUUUAUUUCCAAAUCACAUCUUUUUCACUAUUUAUUAGUAGUAUUUUGGUGUUGGUUGCGUGUAGAGUUUGGUAUAGACGGGGACAGUUUGUGUGA